AAUUUUGGAACAUAGCCAAUCUAGAAGAAAACAAUCUUGAAGGGCUCAAUAUUUGCCCCCAAACAGGCAAUGGACUUCGACCCAAAACAAAGCAAAUGCUUGGAUUGGAGAAAGAUCCUGAAGUCGUAUCGCCUCUCUCAAUUUCAAGUUCCCAAAGCAUGUGCCAUCUGUGAGAAAUCAUCCACUACGAAAUGCUCGGGUUGUUUCCGAGUUGCCUACUGUAGCACCCAACAUCAAAAAGACCAUUGGGCUCAAGUGCAUAAACACCAAUGUUGCUCGUUCAAAAUUGUUCACCAUGGCGGGGAUGUGGGUCGAUUCGUGGUGGCCACCAGAGACAUCAAGGCUGGUGAGAUUAUCAUUGAAGAACAGCCGGUUACAGUUGGACCCAAACAGUUUACCAGCCCCGUCUGUUUGGGUUGCCAUAAAGAAGUUGGGUUCUCAUUUCGCUGUCCUGAGUGUGAGUGGCCAUUAUGUGGACCAACGUGCCAAGCACGUUCCAUCCACCAAAUCGAGUGUUCGACUUUGGCCAAGAGCAAGUUCAAGCCCAAUGAGAGUCAUUCCAGCCCAGAGAGCGGACAAAACCCCAUUUAUGAGUGUAUCACCCCCUUGAGAUGCGUGUUGAUCAAAUCAUUGGUUGCCGACAAUUGGAACGUGAUGUCGGUGAUGGAACAACAUACAGAACAAAGACAACAAGAGCCAUUCUACCCAGUCAAUCUAACUAAUACCGUCAACUUUCUGCUGAACCACAUGGGCCUAUCCACGUGGACAAGCGCUCAAGAGAUCAUGGCCAUGAUCGAUGUGUUGGAUGUGAAUGCCUUCGAAAUCCGAACCGACGAGUUCAGCAUUCGUGGCGUGUUCCCAUUAACAGCUAUGAUGAACUCGGUGUGCUCUCCGAAUACCCAAAACUGCAUCGAUAGUGACUUCACUUGUCGGGUUCGGGCAGCUCGCGAUAUUGCCAAGGGCCAAGAAAUAACUGCAACUUAUACCUUAACUCUCUCGGGAACACUGUUUCGUCGGAAGAACUUGCUUGAAAGCAAGUACUUUGCAUGCAAAUGCGAGAGAUGCUCUGAUCAAACCGAGCUUGGAAGUCAUUUCAGCACGUUGAUGUGUUCCCGUCCAGGAUGCAAAGGUCAGGUCACUGCCGACGACCCUUUGGAUUUCAACUCUAAUUGGACUUGUGACAAAUGUCAACGAUCCAUCUCCCACCAGGAUGUUGAGUCCCUUCUGUGUGAAUUGGACGAGGAGAACCAGACAACGCCAGUGCAAAAAGGUCCUCUGGAAAAUCGAAUCAGGGUCCUGGAACGCAUUCUUCACCCGAAUCACAAUCUCAUUCUCGAUCUCAAGUUCAGUCUCUGUCAAUUGUACGGCCUCGCCAAACUUCCCGAGCCUCAAGCCAUGAUAAAUGAGGCUAGAUCGAAGAAGCGACUUUGUCUGGAGAUUCUUCACUUGAUGGACGCAAUUGUCCCCGGCAAGUUCAGAUUGAGAGGCAUGUUUCUUUUGGAGCUCUAUGUGGUCUCUUUGUUCCUCCUCCGAUCCGAAUGGGAGAACCAAGAGCAAGGCAAAAUGGAUAAAACUCGAUUUCAAAGAAGCUUAGAGGAGCUUCAGGGAAUUCUUCAAGAGUCCAUCGAGAUUCUGGGCUUUGAGCCUCAAGAUUCUAUCGAAGGUCGUCGUUGUCAAACUGCCCUGACCUACAUGGAAAAACUCUCCAUUAUGAUAGCGACCUCUGCCCAAGAGAAGGAGAAAGCCCUAUCAGUUUCGGCCACCUAGUGCUAAACGACCCACCAUUCAAAAAACAUUACAGGGCUUACCUGUAUUUAGAACUCCUUGAAAGUGUCUUCUUUCCAGUUCCCAAAUGGGAGUCAUCUCACGUUUGCAAAGUGUCGUACGUUUCCUUUAAAAUCGGACGCAGAAAAGAGGGUCAGGUUUGCCGAAAGUGUGCUGAGCUUUGAAAUAAAUCCGUCGUCUUCAGAAUAAAGUUUGUUUUGAGAAGGUUGGUCCACUUUGUUCUUUGAAUGUAACUGGGACAGCAUGAAU